AUGAUAAUCAUCGCGACGCAUCCUCAGCUACAGGGCGCCAUCGAGGCGGCCGCUGUAGGGGACGCCUUCGUGGACCAAAUGCGGAACUUGUGGGCCCGCGUGGCAGGCCUCACCUGGGCGCCGGGCUCGGGCCUCGAAGGCCUCUUCCUGGGUCCGAAAGAGGAGGUAAGGGCUGAGGCGGCUAAGGGCUGGAUGGCUGGCUGGAUGCAGGAGUUCGAGACGGACCGCGCGGGGACUUUGACAUCUGGCACCGUGCAGCCGGGCGCGCUGCUGCCGGCGGACGCGGCGCCAGAGCACUUCCGGCUGUAUGCGGCAGUGCAGAAGGAGUGGUUCCAGUACGACAUCUACGCGCGCGUCUGCAUGCUCCUGGGCUUCUCUUCCUUUGUGCAGUCCCUGGCCUUCUACGGGAACGGUCACAUUGUCGUGGAGCUGCGCGCCUUUUACGUGGCCCACGCCACAGCUUUCACGCUGGAGGUCCUCCACGUCCUGCUGCUGCGCUUUGACAUCAUCCAGGGCCGCGUCAAGUCCACUGACCGCACUCCGGCCUGGUUCCUGUGGCUGGGCCCCGUGUCAGUGCUCUUUGCCACUGUGGGCAUGUCCCUGGACUUUCACGUGCACUUCAGCAUCGUGGUGGUGAUCUUCACAUGGAUUUGCAUCUUUGGUGCCUACGUCUGCCAGAUCUGCUACCAGCUGCGCAUCCUCGAGGUGAUCCUGCCAGACGACCUGCGCAACCCCUUGAAGAUCGAGGAGACCAUCGGCGACGCCUGGUGGCCCGCCAGCUGGCGUUGCCCCUCCGCCUUCGCGCAUGUGCUGUACUUUGUGGCUCCGCCCAAUCGCUCGCAGCCGGGCCAGUUCGACAUUGUGCGUGAGGUGAAGGAGGGUGCCCAGGGCAACGCUUUCGAGCAGGCGGGCGUGCCAUUGAUGGAGGCGAGGCCGGUGGACACCAGUGAGGCGACAGCCAACCCUGGCAUGUCCCCAGAGGAGAUCAUCGCGCAGGUGCAGUACUUGGACCGUCUCUUUGACUACUUCAUGUCGGACCAGGUCUUCGACGCCUUGACGGACACCAACAAGCAACGCGUCAAGGACCUCUUCUCUGAGUUCUCCGCAGCGCGGCGCAAGGGCACUGGCCCAGAGGCCAUGCGUGCGUUCGCCGACUGCCUGAUGGCAUUGGAGGGCAUCACCGCGGCUGAGGGCAUGAAGCACGAGGGAGAAGCCUCCACGGAUGCUGGCUACACCUCUGCCAGCGCGGGCCGCAGGAAGGUCGAUAUCUUCAAGGAGCAGGAGGCGAAGGAGAAGUGCGCCUCGCGCAGAGAUCGAGACCCUGAGGUUUUCCCGCAGCUGGAGAACGACGACAACCUGCGGCAGGCGUUGCGCGGAGAUCACGGCCAGCUGGCGCCGGCGGGAUUUGGUCCGCCGAGCGAUUGA